AUGGUGUCCUUAGUAGAGAAACCGGUUCCCAAUUGCAGUAGUGUUCUAAUUCGAGUGUUGCUCACCACUAUCAUUAUCAUUCUUGUGUUGGCUCCUUCCCAAUUUGCUAUUUCUUCUUCCUUUGCAACUUCACCUCCCAAUAUGGCGACAAUGAUGGGGAGAGAAGCAGAGGCUCUUCUGGAAUGGAAAGCCAGCCUUGACAACCAAAGCCAAUUUCAUUUAUCUUCAUGGGUUGGAAACAUCACUUGCCAUUGGGUUGGAAUAGCUUGCAACAACUUUAGCAGCAUCUCUCAUAUCAACCUCCCAGAUUAUGCUUUAAAAGGUACCCUCCACACUUUGAGCUUCUCAUCCUUACACAGUCUCAUUAGUCUUAAUCACAGCGACAACUUACUCUACGGUACCAUUCCUUCACACUUGGGCAACCUUUCUAAGCUAAUCUACCUUGAUUUAUCUGGCAAUCAUCAUCUCUCAGGAAGAAUUUCAUCUGAAUUAUGCCAACUAACAAGCCUUCACAUAUUAAAUCUCCAUGAUAAUAACAUCACUGGAUCCAUUCCUUAUCAACUUGGAAAGCUACAUUUGCUCAAUGAGCUAAUUUUGUCUAGUAACGGUCUCACAGGUUCAAUCCCUGUGUCAAUUGGAAACUUGAGCAACUUAAUCAUUCUAUUUAUUUAUGAUAACAAUCUUUCCGGGUCCAUUCCUCAUCAACUCAGAAAUCUAACAUCUUUUAGGAUGCUCUUUUUGUACAAUAACAUCCUCACGGGCUCGACACCUGCAUGUUUUGGAAAUUUGGGCAACUUAACCCUUUUAGAGCUUUGUGCAAACAAACUUGCUGGAUCCAUUUGUCAUGAAAUUAGGAUGUUGGGAUCUCUUGCUUGGCUUAAUUUUGCUGAAAACAAUCUCUCAGGUUUAAUUCCUACUUCUAUAGGAAACUUAGGCAACCUGAGUUUUUUCUACCACAGCAACCACAAACUUUCUGGACCCAUACCUCAAGAAAUUGGAAAGUUGGAAGCUCUUCUUGACUUGGGUCUGUUUAGUAACAAUCUUUCUGGCCCAAUCCCUACUUCUAUAGGAAACCUGACCAAUCUAUCUAUAUUAUCCCUUGCUGAAAACAAUCUUUGGGGACCUAUCACAUCCUCUAUAGGGAACAUGAAGGAUCUCACAGUCUUGGAAAGCUCAAACUUCUUACUAGUCUAA